AUGUUCUCAUCAGACAUAACAAGGAAUGACUUUUUUCAGGAGCAUUGUGUACCGCAGCACAAAACAGCUUCCUUUGAGUCUGCAUAUUCAGGCAUUAAUUAUCCGGAAUAUCCUUCAGAAGGAUCAAAUUAUCCGCAAACACCUCUAAAUAUUUAUAACAAUUACAACCCAAAUUAUCAUCAUCAUCAUUAUUACUACCCGAAUUUCCAUAAUUUCCCAGACUAUCCUUAUCAAAAUUCAGCUGACAAUAAUUGGAUUAAAAAGUACGAGUGCGAUAGUCAAAAAGAAUAUUUAAGUUCAAAUGUUUCAACAUCAGGGGAUUAUUGUGAAUUUGAAGUGCCACAGCAGACUGUAAAUCCGUCAAAGACGGUCGAAAAGAGUAGUACAGAUGUAGACAAGUUCUAUUGUGAUAGUUUAAUAAGCUCUAGUAAAUUUCAAAAAGAGCAAACGAAUAAUAACUAUUUGGAAUCAUAUGAGAACUUUGACAUAUGGGAAAGUGAAAGGAAGUCUGUGAAAUGCACAAAAGGACUUGAAAAAGUGAAGAAGAAUGAAAGCUUAAAAGGGAGUGAGAAACAUUUUAAUAGCAGUGAUGAGCUAAGUGACUUAGAAAAGCUAGUCUCAUCACCAACAUUAGUGUCAAAUCGUAAGGAACGAACAGCAUUCACGAAGCAACAAGUAAAGGAUUUAGAAAAUGAAUUUAAUCAUUCAAAUUAUCUCACAAGAUUGCGACGGUACGAGAUUGCAGUAGCUUUAAAUCUUUCAGAACGACAAGUUAAAGUUUGGUUCCAAAAUCGACGAAUGAAAUUUAAGCGGUCUGUAAAAGGAUCAACAAGUCCAUAG